AUGGCCUUCUUGCCAAAAGCCUCGCGGAAGCGCAGGGAAGAGACAGCCGCCACCACCGCCGCAUGUGUCGCUGCUGCUCACGCCGAGAUCAAUCGCGAGUCCCUCUCAGACCUGGCCAAGAUGCUCUGGGACGGACAAGCGACGAUGACGACCUCUGGACUUCUCCAGGUCGGCAAGAUCUCAUUCCGGCACUCGGAUACCAAAGACAAUGACCUCAAGAAGAAGGCAAUCGUUUCUCGGAUCGGAUCUGAUCCACGAGAACGGGGCCGGAUCCCGUGUCGUCUGCGUGUAUUAAAGGCAGGGGCAUACAGGCUCGAACUCGCCUGUUCCGCCGGAGAUUGGGUUCCCUUUCCCUUCACAGCGGUCUUCAAAGUGGCCGAGCUCACGACGGCAGUGAGGGAAUUGGUGGCCGCGUUGCAGACGUCUGGCAGGGGGGCGGGAGUGCCUAGCGUGGACUGGAGCCGGGCGGGAGUUCCUCCUGUACUCACCUAUACCCAUCUUCAACUUAAGGGCCCCCCCGAUGAGCCAGCCACAAAACGGCUCAAGCCUCCACCUCCUGGAAGAAGACCGGGCGACGAGAUUCCUCCAAAGCCUGUGAAGAGGCGCAAGUUGCCGGCUCCCCGCUUCUUGCCCAUUCGGAACGCGGCCACUGCAAAACAUCCCGGAUCUGCAGGCCAGGCAGCUUCAGGAACCUCACUCUCUUCGCGUCCCCUCUGA